ACGUGACACCAUCACUAAGCUUCAGUCACGGCCUCUAGCUAGCUACCUCGCCUACUCCAUCAAUGGCCGCGGCCUGCCUAUAAAUCCACGCUCCCCCAGCUCGUCUUCUUCCCACGCACCAGCGGCUGGCUACGUGGCUAGAGCUAGAGCUAAGACACCAAGAAAAGCUCUAGCUAGGUAGGACGCCAUGGCCGUCGCCGGGAACCGCCGCAUUGCCGUGGCCCUCCUGCUCGCCGCGCUGGCGCUGUCGGCGCAGCUCGCGCCGGCCGCGGCGUGCUCCUACUGCCCGACGCCCAAGCCGCCCCCGCCGCCGCCGCCGCCGAAGGUGAAGCCCCCUCCGUCGUCCGUGCCGUGCCCGCCGCCGCCCUACACCCCGACGCCGACGCCGCCGACGCCCUCGCCGUCGACGGGGAAGUGCCCGAUCAACACGCUGAAGCUGCUCGCGUGCGUGGACGCGCUCAACGGGCUGGUACACGCGGUGGUCGGCGCCAACGCCGGCGACACCUGCUGCCCGCUGCUGUCCGGCGUCGCCGACCUCGACGCCGCGCUCUGCCUCUGCACCGCCAUCAAGGCCAAGGCGCUCGGCGUCUCCCUCGUCCUGCCCGUCGCCAUUUCCGUGCUCGUCAACGAGUGCGGCAAGCACGUCCCCUCCAGCUUCCAGUGCCCUUCUUAAUUAAUUAACCAACUAAUUAAUCACACCAUCUAAUGCGUCUCUGCAUGCAACGAUUAAUUAAGCUACUAUCAAACUAUCGUAUAUAUACCUGCAUAACUAUAGUAUAUCACCUUACAAAUAUAUAUACAUGAGCCCUUGGAUUGUGCAUUGUUGUAUAAUAAUAUUUGUGUAGAAUAUAUAUAUUGUGCCAUGCAUACAUGUGGGUUGUGGUCUUUGUUUCGUAGUUGAUUUGGAGUAUUUAUAAAAUAAAGAGUGUAAUAUGUACACUAUGGAAUUACAAAGUUUGAUGUGUAUGUACCAUGCAUGUAAGGUUGAUGAAGCCUGUCAACUCUUAAUUCCUAUAUGAAUCAAGCGUGUUCUACUGUGUUUAAA